GCCGGAGGUCUUCGUGCCUGCUGGCAAAAAGCCGUCUUCAGGAUCAUUCGAAAGGCCAGAGAGCGGGGCCGGUCGGAUCUCCGGCAGGACGAUGGUAUUCCGCAAGGCAGGAAAGUCACCUUGCGUUCAAGACAUCCAGAGGCCAUGGGAAAGGCCUGUGGGACAGCUGCCUGCUUGAUGCUCUGGGCUCAGUUCUUCCUUCUCUUGGCAAUGGAGCAAACAGCAGAAGCUGCCAGCCAGGUGCAGUGUCUCAACAAUUACGGUUUUCAGGGACGCAGACUGGACUGCCAAUGGCACCGCAAUCAGGCCUUGGAGGGAACUCUGUUCUACCUCAAUUUCUCUGACACCCUCGGACUCUCCAGUGACCUCAUCUGCCCUCUGUCCGCCUCCCCUGGCACACCGGAUCACUUCGACUGUUCCGUGCACAGCGAGGAAGGCGAGUUCACAGAAAACGAUGAGUAUAAAGUGGUUCUCCACCUCAGCUCCUUGGGAGAAAACCAGACCGACGUGAUCUUUGCGAAGUAUAAGCCCAGACUACACAUUCAGUGCGACCCACCCUUUGAUCUGCAGAGCAAAUGCGGUGACAAUACCUGCUGUGUCCGCUGGAAGAGGCCAAAGGCCUGUGGGGAGGUUUUGGAGGACUGGCAGUGGGAGCUGGCAUUCAAGGCUGUUCAAGACCCCUGGGAGCAAGCACAGAGAAAGGUCUUCAUCAACUCGGAAACCUGGGUGCACCUAGAAGGCUUUGAGUUCAAGAGUGACAGAGAUUAUGUUGCAAGAAUGCGCUGCAAAACACCAGAGGAGAAUCGUCACUAUGGCAGCCACUGGAGUCCAUGGAGUUCCUCUGUCACUUGGGCAGCUCACCCAGGUGACUGGCAGCAGCUUGAUGCUCCCAUCUACUUCCUGUUCAUCCUUGGCACCCUCCUGCUCUUGCUGGCGCUGGCCUUCGCCCUCUUCAAGAGGGCGCGCAGCAGCUGCGGGGCCAGCAUUCCCACGCCGGCCGCCUUCUUCCAGCCUCUCUACCUGGCUCAGCACGGGGAUUUCAAGGGCUGGGCAGGGCUGGCCCCGGAGGAGGCGGCGGAGGCGGUUUCUCGGCUCUCCUUCCUGCAGCCGCCCACCUGCGCCGGGUCGGGGCCAGCCAAGCGACGCGCAUCCCCGCCGGGCGAAGAGCUCCCCGGGGCGGCGCUGGAGCCCGAGCGGCCGCCCGGCGACUACUGCACCCUCGGCGGGGCGGGUGAAGGGGCGUCCCCCAUGCCCGCCCACUGGCCCCCGCCGCCGCCGCCUCCCGGUGCCCGCUCGGGACCUCCGCUUCCCCUCCAAGGCCGAGCCCAGGAGCCGCCCGCGAGCAGCCCUGGCGCCCCCGCCGCUCGGGGAGGGCCGCUCCGGGACUGCGGCUGGAGCGGGGAGGCGCGGCCGAUGCGGCCCCUCUUCGUUGAGGCUCCCGAGUGACGGGAAGCGCGGCGUUGGGAAACUGAACGUCAGUGGAAGACUAUUUGGGCAUCAAUGCAUCGCAUCCUUUUACAUAGAUAUAAAAGGAAUAUUUCAUCGAUUUUCUUUUUUACAAUCGGAUGCUCCUCCUUUUAGGAAAAACGUGUGUGGGGGGGUGGGGGUUGGUUAACAGAAAAGUAGAAUUGUUGUGAAGGAAAACCUACCUGUUAGUAAUCUAAUGGUACAAGACCUGGUCUGAGGGUAUAUUGUAAGAAUACUUUUUGUUCAGUGCUUCUGCUUUCUCUUCUCCUUUUGCAUAUAAUAAAAUAAAAACAUGGGAUGGACAGAC